CAGGAGUCCAGCUCCAGCUGAUGAGACGUAUUAUUGCUAAGUGCACAGUACUGGCAGCCAACGUCGCUUUCCUGUUGCUGCUUUUUUCUGCCUAGUCGUUGGUGUAGCCCUUCUGAGGGGUGUUUGGUUCUAGUGGUUGGUGGAUUACCUCUCUCCAGCAGCCAUGUCGGGCUUCAAUCUGCUGCAUCUAAUAACCAAGAGUCAGCCUGUAGCUCUGAGGUCCUGCAGUCUUCCCUCAGGAGCAUGUCACACAAAGAAGACAUGGCCAGUGAGCUUCUCUCAGGAGGAGCUGAGGAAACGCCUCACACCGUCACAGUACCACGUUACCCAGGAGAGAGGAACUGAGAGUGCGUUCACAGGCGAGUUCACACAUCAUAAAGAUCAGGGCACCUACGCUUGUGUUGUCUGUGGGGCCCCGCUCUUCACCUCUAACACUAAAUUCGACUCAGGGUCGGGCUGGCCGUCCUUCUUCGACUUGGUGAAGGAGGACUCUAUAACUCUGUCUGAUGAUUUCUCCUUUGGGAUGCACAGAGUGGAGACCACCUGCAGCCAGUGUGGCGCUCAUCUGGGUCACCUGUUCAAUGAUGGACCAAGACCCACGGGAAAACGCUACUGUGUUAACUCGGCCUCACUGGCUUUCCAGCCCAAAGACGACCCCGCCUCCAGGUCCACAGUCGAGGAUGUAGCUGCCAGCAGCUCCGUGAGCGACGGGAAGACAGAACUCUGAAAGACAGACUCAGGAACCACAGCCGACUGACCACUGUGUAGGGAGAGUCAGUCACACACAUAUAAUAGUUGAUUCACAGUGUAAAGAUAAAGUAGGUGAUUAUAUUGCUCAGGUGCUCAAGCCUCAGACACGAACCAGAUACUCUUUGAUGUAUACUUUACCACAAGGAAAGUGCAUGCUUUGAAAACAGCCACCAUGUAGCCAAAGCCAAAAGAUGUACUCCAUCAGCUGGUUGCCUUAUAAAGAGACCUCUCAUUAUUAAAUCAGCCUGGUUGUUACUCUCAGAUUUUCCUCUGUAUUGAGUAUUAGUCAUGAUAACAUAUUUGUAGAGAUCUGGAAAAAGGGAGCAGGAAGGGGGUGUGGUAUGUGAUUCCAGAGAACUACUCUGUGAUUACAUUAAGGUGCUUGGGUUUCUUGCUGUUCUUACAUUUCCCACCUGUCUCCAAGAGAUGGCAAUGAAUAAAAUGUUAUGACCGCCCGUGGGCAUGGCUCUGAUAAAGAAAGGAACAUUUUCUCUUAACUCCCUUUAAUUUCCUAGUGGCAUUUGGUCUGCUCAUUUAAACAUGGAUGGGUGUAGUGUUGUAGACAAACACAAUUUGUAUGUGUCUUUAUAUAGCUGCGAGGACACAUUCCCCAGAAAGUUCUGUAACCAGAAGUAUUCAGACACCUUUCACUUUCCCCACACCACACUAUUCUGUAGAUUUCAUUUUAAAUGGAUAAAAUUGCCAUUUUGCCCAAUAAUCUGCAUACAGUUUGAAUGUAAGAACCCAUAAUGAAAAAAAUGAAAACCACUGCAGGCACAGGCAUUAAAUUCUCCUUCAUAAUAGUCAGUGUUCAGUUUUAAUGUUCAGUUUUUGUUUUUUCAGAGGUGUUGAUUCAACCACAUGAUAAUUUAGGAGAAAGCUGCUGUUUGUAGUGCUGUUGAAAUGUACUGCAUUAUACAGAGAGGUGUUUCUACUAUUCAUCUAGCUCACUUCAAUACUUAUGAAGUGACAUUUGAUACUGAGAUGUAAUGAUAUUGCCUAUGCAAGUGCUCCUGUCAGCAGUCAGAGCAUACUGUGACGGAUGUACUGUGGCCAUUAGGUCACUUUCUAUACUUGUUCCUUCUUUUGUCCUUGACAUUAGGAUUUUUUGGUUGUUGUUUUCAGAUUUUGUGCACAGCUUUCAUUAGAACUGUUAGAGUAAAUAAAAUAUUUAGAAACACUA